GCAGGCUAGCUCUUUGUGGUUUCGCUGCAUGGAGAAACCGAUGUAUCCUCGCCCCGGAGACAUCGACGCCGUUCCGAAUCAUGUGAAACCAAGUGCCAGCAUUCCUUUCCAUCUCCAUUCCUUGUAGGGUCUUGGAUUUAUUGAGGGAUCGCCUAAUUCCCUUUGGUUAUUUUGGGACAGGUUGUGUUAGUUGGUGCGCCGGAGCAGGCUGCACAUCUUUUUUAGGGAAUCAAGGUCCUGUCCGCCUCCUUCGCUCUUGGAUUUACAAGGAGAGCAGGAAGAAAGCCACAUCGGCUCCAUCCUCAUCUUCCUCAUCCUUUCAUCCUCUGAGGCAUUGCCAUGGCUACUAGUACCACUGGAUCCACACUGCUUCUUCCUCUUAGCGAUGCAGUGCAGCUGCCAAUAGACCAGGUGAAUUUUGUAGCGUGCCAACUUUUUGCCUUGCUUGCUGCUAUUUGGUUUCGCACCUACCUUCAUUCAAGCAAAACUAGCUCCUUAAUCAGGCAUAUAGUUGCAACCCUUCUGGGCCUGUAUCUUGCACUCUUUUGCUUUGGAUGGUAUGCCUUACAUUUUAUUGUGCAAAGUGGAAUCUCUUAUUACAUCAUGAUUGCAGCAGGAGUGGAAAAUAUACACAGGUAUUGCUUUGUGUUUGCUUUGGGAUACCUCACAUUGUGCCAAAUAGCAAGAGUUUAUAUUUUUGACUAUGGACAGUAUUCGGCAGACUUUUCUGGGCCAAUGAUGAUAAUGACGCAGAAAAUAACAAGUUUGGCCUUUGAGGUUCGGGAUGGGAUUUUCUGUAAGGAAGAGGAGCUGACGCCAUCCCAGCGAAGCUUAGCUGUAAGACGCAUGCCAAGCCUGCUGGAAUAUCUAAGCUACAACUGUAAUUUCAUGGGAAUCUUGGCAGGCCCUUUAUGCUCUUAUAAAGACUAUAUUAAUUUCAUUGAAGGACAAUCAUAUCAGCUGAAGCAGUCAGAGAUCAAUGGUAAAGAAGACACAAAGUAUGAACAAAAAGAACCAUCACCAAACACUGUUGUGGUGCACAAGCUGACUGUCUGUGCUGUGUCCUUAGCUUUUUACAUGACCGCCACGCGGAUAUUACCCGUUGAAUAUAACAUAGAUGAGCAAUUCCAGCAAACCUCAUCUGUGUCCACGAGAAUCAUUUAUCUCUACUUGUCCCUGAUGGCUGCAAGACCAAAGUACUAUUUUGCCUGGACACUAGCUGAUGCUAUCAAUAAUGCUGCAGGCUUUGGAUUCCAAGGAUAUAACAGCAACGGAGAAGAAAAUUGGGAUUUAGUUUCAAAUCUCAACAUUAAAAAGAUAGAGUACUCCACGAGCUUUAAGAUGUUUAUCGAUAACUGGAAUAUACAGACAGCACUUUGGCUCAAGAGAGUAUGUUAUGAACGGGCGACUUUCAGUCCCACCGCACAAACUUUUUUGCUGUCGGCUAUUUGGCAUGGAGUGUAUCCAGGAUAUUACCUGACGUUUUUUACCGGAAGCUUAAUGACUCUGGCUGCAAGAAAUAUAAGAAACAAUAUCCGACAUUACUUUAUCCAGUCUCCUGAACUUAAGUUGAUAUAUGAUGUCAUAACAUGGGUUGCGACACAAGUCGCAAUAAGCUACACGGUGGCCCCAUUUGUGCUUUUAUCCGUCCGGCCGUCUCUGCAGUUUUUUAGCUCCUGGUAUUACUGCCUCCAUAUUAUCUGCAUUUUGGUGCUGCUCACAAUGCCGGCUCGAGCACGAAAAAAGGGACAGGACGGCAGGGAUUCCAGGUCAACCCAUCUGGGGAAAUCAGGCAAAGCUGAAUCUGGACAUAACAGCCAGUCGAGCACAAAUAAUAACAGCAACCAGAGAGAAGAGAGAGUCUGGAGACGCCUGGACGCUUCUCAGUGACUGGCGCAUAACAUUUUGUAUGUUUUUAAAUUCAAUUUUUAGAACCUCCACCUGGUUUGUAAAUUGUGCACAGGACAA